AGCCAGUAUCCACUGCUGAUGUCAGCCUCCAGUCAUGUCGACCCUCCUCAGCACCACGAGCAUCAUCACCAUCAUGGCUUUUCUACAGAGACCUAACUGAUGAUGGAUCUAUUCCGCAGAGGAGAGCUGGGGCUGCUGGGAGGAGGAGAGGGGCUGAGAGAUGAUGUGGGCAUUUCCGAUAUCAGCUGGUCACCCACUCAGCUGCCAGAGGACAUAUAUCCGGCAUCAGGAUUGGCCCUGGCCGCCGCCUAUCAUGACAUCAAGACCCGGCUGGCCAGCCUGGAGAGAGAGAACAGCAGCAUCAAGAGGAAGCUCAAACGCUAUGAGGUCAAGUUUCCUAUGAUCAGUGAAUUUGGAGAAGAGAGGACACUAUGCUGUUCCUGUGAGCCCAUCAUCAAGGAUACCAGUGAAAUCCAAUCAGAGACCACCAACCUACAGCAGAGGAUCAACUCUCUCACUCAGGAGCUCCAGAAGAGUAAGGAGAGAGAGGAGAGGUUGGAGGAAGUCAUCCAGGCUUACGAGAAGAUUCACAUAGAGAAAAGCAAUGUCCAGAGAGACCUAGACAAGAUGACAACUCUAGCAGAGCAGCAUGUGGAGCAGAUCUGCAGCCUGGAGUCGGCUCUCAGACAAAGAGAAACUUCCCUGCACAAACUCAGCGCUCAACUCCGCAGCAAAGAUGCACAUCAAUCUCAUGUCCAUGCCAGCCUGGACGUACCCAGAGAGGGCCGUGGGCUGACGUUGCAGAGCUCCCGCAGUCUGGACGCCCUGUCCGACCUGAAGCUGCAGCGACUGGAGGCUGAGCUGGAGAGGGCACGGCAUCAAGCUGAGGGAGCCUGUCAUAGGGAGAAAGAGCAGAGGGCCGAGCUUCAGAGGCUGCAGAAGGAGGUAGCCCAGCUACAGGAAGCACAGAGACAGUCGCAGGAGAUGCCCCCACACUGUGAGCACUGUGAUGUGGAAUGGAUACAGAAAGCUGGGGACGAACAGGUGAACCUGGCGUUAGCCUACACUGAGCUAACAGAGGAACUGGGUCGUGUUCGGAGUCUGACUGUGAAACAGAGUGACCUUCUGCGACAUGUCUCACAGGAAGCCGUUUCUCAUCCUCCCCCUGCUCCUCAGCGUCUCUCCCCCACCUCCCCCCAGCACCCCUUACUCUCCCCUGACAGGCUCCUCCCCACCCCCUCUCCUCCUCUGUCCCCAAACGACGGCCCCGCUUCCUACUCCCCUGCUCCUCAGCGUCUCUCCCCCACCUCCCCCCAGCACCCCUUACUCUCCCCUGACAGGCUCCUCCCCACCCCCUCUCCUCCUCUGUCCCCAAACGACGGCCCCGCUUCCUACUCCCAUCAGCCAACCAGCAGCCGUCUACGAGCAAAGUUCCAGGGUCGCCGCAGUUAUUCAGAGGUAUCUGACCUGUCAGCCAUUCAGAGGCCAACAGCUCGCCUGAUGAAUGAUCCAGUAUCCACCCUCCCCAAGUCCAGGCCCCUUCUGGGGGAGAUGCAUGGUUACGGCCAAACCAAAACUCAGCUCCGUACCUCCUUGGUGGGCCUGGUCAGACCGGCCUCAGCUCACGGAGCUGGAGGGGAGAGAGGAGGAGGAGGGGGAGGAGAGAGAGGUGGGGGCAGCAGCCUGAGCAGUAGUCCUCAUCACUGUGCUCUAGACCUAGGCUUCCCUCUGGCUGCUGAGGUACAUCACUUCUGUCGCCUUGACAACUCACCUGAGCCCACCCCACUGGUGACACCACCACAGUCCUCUGAUGAUGAAGAGGAUGUAUGUACAUACCUAUCGCCAGCUGCCAGCCCGCCUCGGACGCUUGGCGCAAUUGGGAUCGGCUCAUCGUCGCCAAGGAAACUACCCCUACAGCCCUCGUUCCCGUCUCCUAGGAAACUGCCCCACCAUCCCUCCUUCUCAGCCCCUGAGGGCCCUGCCACCCUCUCCUGCCGUCUGCCUCCCUACAUGAACAAUGAGCAUGCUCAGUCAUGGCCCUCCAUUAACCUUUGGAUGGAGUCAGAAGAGAGUACUGUUCGUAGCUGUCCUCUGUGUCAGCUGACCUUCCCAACGGGUUACCCUGAUGACGCCCUCAUCAAACACAUCGACUCCCACUUGGAGAACAGCAAGAUCUGACUUUUUUUUUUUUUUAUCAAGAAUUUUACAUCCAUGAUUGUUUUCUAUUUAGGUUUAAGAAGGAAUGGUUUGGUUUGAUGUAUGCUUCUUUUUAUAGAACUUGCCCAGUAUAACCACAGUCUUGUGGUAAAGGGUCUACAUGCCUCGCACAAGGGGCACUUUCCUCUGCAUUCCAUGCAGAUUGUGAAAUCUAACCAGUGACCUUCCAGGUACAGAACAUGUCUGUUCUUUACCCUCCAGACUCAAGUGUUCAUCUUUUUAUUUCCAGGUUGUAAAUCCUCCUUUUUGUUCACCAAGGAUAUACGUGCAUUACCGAACAUCUAUCACAAAGCAUCCCUGGUGACUGACGACAUGCUUGACACAGGCAACACAUGCAAUGUGAGAGGUUGUUUUCAUGUCCCAACAUUCAUCAAACCACCUCAGUGCCACUGCUCUCAUGUUGGUUUGUGGAGGAACAAAAUCACUAUUUUCAAAGGAUUUCUGGACCUGAAAUGAUUUGAGGAUAAAAGUAGUCUGCAUAUUCACAAUCAAAUGAUAGUUUUGGAUCCAGCAAACAGGACAAUGAUGACAGUGAAAGGGGCUAAUUUACAGACUAGUCGCGUUCCAAAACAAACUCUGUGUAAACUCAAGAGCGUGAAAUGCUCCUACGGUAAAAAUGUAAUUGAAUGAAGAAAUAAAAACUACAGCAAAAAAAGCACCUACUGCCA